GUCUGACGGGCCUCUCUAUUCGCUAAACUGGCGCAUGCUUACUGCGUUUUGUUCCGUAGCAUCUUUGCGGGAAAAAAAACGGUUUUCAUUCACUAGUUUCUAGAAUAUUCAUCUUCACGUUCCGCUACUCUAGAAGAUUGUACUUUAUACUACGUCGUAGUUCGUUUUGUUGUCGGUUAACACAUUGCGAUAGCAGUCGUUGAAGGUCUUUAGCGGUUUCGUCAGCUGUCUUAUCUGAGAGCAGCGGGGACACGGACGCACGCUGAUGGCGGUCACCAUCGAGGAUCUCUACCGGAGCUACGGGAUUCUUGCUGACGCUAAAGACAACCUAUGUCAGCAUAAAGAUGCCUAUCAAGUAAUCCUCAAUGGUGUGAAGGGUGGUGCCAAGGAGAAACGACUGGCAGCACAGUUUAUUCCUAAAUUCUUCAGCAGCUUUCCAGAGUUGGCUGAUGCUGCCAUCAAUGCCCAGCUUGAUCUCUGUGAGGAUGAAGAUGUGUCUAUUCGACGACAAGCCAUUAAGGAGUUACCCCGGUUUGCCACUGGCGAUAACAUCUUAAGGGUUGCAGAUAUUCUCACCCAGCUCCUUCAGACAGAUGACACUGCAGAGUUCAACCAGGUGACUGCAGCUCUGAUUUCAAUAUUCAAAAUGGAUGCUAAGGGUACUCUUGGAGGUCUCUUCUCUCAGAUCCUGCAUGGGGAGGACAUUGUCAGAGAAAGAGCCAUCAAGUUCCUGUCUACCAAAUUGAAGACCCUCCCAGAAGAUGUCAUGUCAAAGGAGGUUGAAGAUUAUGUCUUUGCCGAGACAAAGAAGGUGCUGGAGGAUGUGACGGGUGAGGAGUUUGUGCUCCUGAUGCGUGUGGUGUCUGGUCUGCAUGUGCUGCAGACAGUAAAUGGGCGGCAGCAGCUUGUGGAGCUGGUAGUGGAGCAGGCUGACCUGGAACAGGCCCUUAACCCGUCAGAACCAGAUGCUGUAGACCGCCUCCUGCAGUGCACACGCCAAGCCCUCCCGCUGUUCUCUAAAAAUGUUCAUUCCACUCGGUUUGUAACCUACUUCUGUGAACACGUCCUGCCUAAUCUCAGCACACUGACGAGUCCUGUGGCAGAGCUGGACAUUCAACUGGAAGUCCUAAAGCUGCUGGCUGAGAUGAGCCCGUUCUGUGGUGAUAUGGAGAAGCUUGAGGCCAACCUCAGCAUGAUGUUUACCAAGCUCAUGGAGUUCAUGCCCUUGCCUCCAGAAGAGGCGGAGAAUGGAGAAACCUCGGCAAAUGAAGAGCCCAAACUUCAGUUCAGCUACGUGGAGUGUUUGAUUUUCAGCUUCCACCAGUUGGGCAAGAAGCUCCCCGACUUUCUUGUUGACAAAGUGGAUGCUGAGCGCCUCAAAGACUUCAAGAUAAGAUUACAGUAUUUUGCCCGAGGCCUGCAGGUUUACAUCAGACAGCUACGAGUAGCACUGCAAGGAAAGACCGGAGAUGCUCUGAAAACAGAAGAAAACAAAAUCAAAGUGGUGGCUCUGAAGAUCACAAACAACAUCAAUGUUCUCAUCAAGGAUCUUUUCCAUAACCCUCCAUCGUACAAGAGCACCGUUACCCUGUCCUGGAAACCGGUCCAGAAGCCCGAGGGAGUAGCCACCAAGCGUCCAUCAACUGAGGACACAGGAUCUGGGGGAAGUACCAAGAAGCCGGUCGUCUCUCUGCCUCGACGGGACGCACGGCAAAUUUAUAACCCCCCCAGCGGCAAGUACAGUGCCUCAAUUGGCAAUUUUACCUAUGAGCAGCGCGGCGGCUUCAGGGGCGGUCGGGGACGAGGCUUUGGAACCAGAGGCAGCAGGAGCCGAGGCCGGAUCUACUGAGACACACACGUACAUGUCACUCAUUGAACUGCAUCACAUCAGGAAUCUUUCUUUACUAUGACGGACUAUUUGUCAACAGAUAAGUUUGUGGGGUUUAUUUUUUUGGGGGGAAGGUUGUUUUUUUUCCACAAGUUUUUACAUUUUUGUGUUUUGAUUGGUUUGAUUUCCUGCUUUGAGAAUGUCAGGUUUUCUACCUGCUUCUUCAGUAUUUACUAUCUGUAUUUGUCUGAUACUUAUCCCGUACAUGUUUGCUUUUUCCCCUCUCCUCGACUUUUUAAACAUAGUGUACUGUUACUAACAAGACUGUCAUGUUGUAACUGUAACAGCAUAUUUUUGUCAGAUAGUUGUCAGAAAAGAUGAUCCUUUUGUUUUGCAACCUGUCAAUGAAUGCAUUCAUUUAUACUUUUUUAAAAUUACUUUUGGUUUUGUUUUCUGUAUCAGAGCUUAAAUUGGCUGACUGCUACUUUGUAUAAAUUAAUGAAUUUUCAUUGGAUUUUUAUCAUAAACUUGUAUGGAAGUAUGAACACUGGCUUUAAUUUCCAUUCAAAUUCAACAUAAAUCGUUUUUACUUGGAA